AUGUCUGAAAUUUCUGUAGCAGCACAGGGUUUUGGGGACAAAAAACCCACCUCGUGGCUCCUGGAGGCUCAGCGCUGGCGCAACGAGAACUAUGAGAGGCCCGUGGACCUGGAGGGCUCUGGGGAUGAUGACCCUUUUGGGGAUGAUGAACUGGACGACGUCUACUCGGGCUCUGGCUCGGGGUAUUUCGAGCAGGAGUCAGGGCUGGAGACAGCAGGGAGCCUCACCACGGACACGUCUGUCACGCUCCCCACCACGGCAGCCACGCUGCCCGUCACCCCCGUGCAGCCCGUGGCAACCCCCUUGGGACCAUUCCCUGCUGAGGACACCACCCCUGGGCAGACAACCAGCACCUUGUAUAUCCCCAGGGUGACAGAGGCACCAGUGAUCCCCACUUGGAAAGCAACCACCACCACCACCACUGCCAGUGACUCCCCUACUACCACGACCACGACCACCACCACCACCACCACGGCCACCACCACUGCAGCCACCACUACCACCAGCACCACCGUGGUCACUGCCAAGCCCACAACCACCCGGAGGUUCCUGCCCCCUUUUGUCACCAAGGCAGCCACGACCCGGGCCACCACCUUGGAGACACCUACCACCUCCAUCCCUGACACCAGCACACCCACGGAGGUGGCCACCUCACCCCUUGUCCCCACCAGCACGGCCAAGCCCCGGACCCUGCCAAAACCAACCACCUCCAGGACUGCAGACCUCACAGAAAAAAGCCCUGCUUUGCCAGCCACUCUGCCGCCCACAGAAGCCCCCCAGAUGGAGCCUGGGGAGGUGACGACAGGCCUUGACAACGAGCUGGAGAUCCCGGUCAGCAGCGGCCCCAGCGGGGACUUUGAGAUCCGGGAGGAGGAAGAGACGACUCGUCCCGAGCUGGGGAACGAGGUGAUGGUUGUGGCGACGCCGCCGCCGCGGCCCGGGCUGGGCAGGGAGGCCAAGACGGGGCUGAUCGACAACACGAUAGACUCGGGGAACUCGGCUGCUCAGCUCCCCCAGAAGAACAUUCUGGAGAGGAAAGAAGUGUUGAUAGCGGUGAUCGUGGGCGGCGUGGUGGGAGCCCUGUUUGCUGCCUUCCUGGUCAUGCUGCUCAUCUACAGGAUGAAGAAGAAGGACGAGGGCAGUUACACGCUGGAGGAGCCCAAGCAAGCCAACGUGACCUACCAGAAGCCCGACAAGCAGGAGGAAUUUUACGCGUAG